AUGGCUUCCAACCUCCCGUCGCAAGCAAGCGUUAACCUCUCGUACGCUUCUCUCGGAAUCUUCGGCGCGCUCUUCCCCCUCGCUGUGUUCAUCGCGUGGAAACAUGGAAAGGCAGGCAUUAUCUGCUGGCCGAUCUUUGUGUCUUAUUUCGGCCUCCGCUUCGCCUCUGACGCCUAUCAUAUCAUACGACGAAACAAAACCCAGGAAGAGAAUACCGUCACCUUGAUGACCAAUGCCGGAAGCAUCGUUUGCUUGUCACUGACCCUCAUCGGCAUGGUUUAUGAAGCACUAUGCCUCAUCCCCUCCAACUCGAGACGCAUGGGCCGCAAGAUUAUCCUCGGUGUUACCCACCUCGUCAAUACCAUCGGCAUUGGCAUGGCCGCGUACGCAGGGAAGGCCGACCCAGACGAAUCCGAAGGCGUCAAAAAUGCGAUGCUUAACAAGAUCGGAAACCUUUUGAUGUUUGGUGUCAUGAUUGGCGUUCUAUUCUGGCUCUGGCCUACCGGAAAGCGCGUCUUCUCUGCACGACAAGACGUCAACUACAAAGCUGCUAAGGCGCUCAUCAUGGCUGCUGGACCGGCCACCGUUCUUCACCUGAUCCGACUCAGCUACGGUGUGACAUACGCUUUCAACCGCAUCUCAAGCCUGGACCCGGUCACUGGAAGCUUCGCCACAAGACUCGUCCUGAUGUUUGGAACGCAGCUCUUCGUCGUUCUGAUUGUCCUUGUUGGUGGGUGGUUCAGCAAAGAUGCAGUGCAGCCACAAGUCCGGGUCGAUGACCGAUCCAUUGAGAUUAACGAUGCUUCGACCAGCCUUGUUUAA